AUGGCGUCGCUCUGUUUCACUGACGUUGGUACGCUUUGCAGGGACGUUGAACCGACGCGAUCGUUUCCCGCGUCCCCAACUUGCAUCGAGGUGCUGUCAGGGGUACAUCUUAUCGCAUCCGUAAACGCCCGAGCGAACCAAUGCAUAGUAGAACUUUUGGUUGGCGAUAAGGUUGCCGAUACUUUUAGUCGUGCAGGGUCCGAGGAACCAGGUAACAGCGGCAGCCGUUUAUCCACCCCUACGGGGGCCGGGAAAACACCCAAUUUCACCGUGCCAACAGUCGAUACUGCAGUGAAGGAGUGGCUCGAUGCACUUCGAGCCAGCUUCCGUACGGCCAAAGUGUUGGAUGUGCUUAAGGAGGAUGAAGGCGUCGUCACGGCCAUUGAGUUCGUUCGUGACGUCACAAGAGCGUCAAGCGGCGGCGAGGCAGAGCAGGAGGGAGUAAAUAGGUCAGUAAAGCGUCCAUAUGUGCAUCUCUUUAUUGGCACUUCUCGUGGAACUGUUGUGAUAUGUAACGCUCUGCGUGGGACAAUUAUGGCCAUCGCGAUGUUUCAGGACUGUAACAGAUUUGUACGGCAGGGCAGUCGCCGAAGCUCCCUUGCCCAAGGAGCCUCCGUAACUAGCGCUCAGUGUACCGAGUCUGUUGUUCGAUUUGCCGCUCACAUGAGCACUCUGGACACCUUUCUCAAUCCGAACGUUCCCCAGAACACAUCUGCCGUACAUAGUGGGCAUCUAAACACAGUUUAUAUUGUAAUGAGCAGCGGUAGAGUUGUUGCACUCGGUAGGGGGGCAAUCGAUGUGUUCUUGGAGACAGCAGAGGGGCACUUGGAUGGAGCGCGACCGCACUUAGUACUGGAGUGGGUGGAAAACAGCACCUUCAGUUCGUUUCCUGUAGCCGGACCAGCCGCUCGAUUUGCCUCGCAUGUACGAUGUAUUCUUUCCAUGUCUGAAGUCGACCCGAACACUGGUAUUCGGCUUCGAGCACCAAGAUCAACGGCGGCAACAACGGACCGCUCAAUUAAGGAUGCCGCAUUUUAUCUUAGUUGCAAGUGCGAUACAACGGAUGUACUUACCGAUGGGCCAGAGAAUCGAGAAUAUCUCCUCCUAUGCGGACGCGCCCCUGCUCUCGCCAGCUACGCAUGUAAGAGAACUGAAAAGGGAUUUUCAGCCCGCCAGGCAAUUGGAGCUGUCGCUUCGAUGCUUGGUGGCGUGAAACGUUUACUAUGGGCGGGGGGCUCGGAGGGCGAAGGGGAUGAAUCGUCUUUCACCGCGAGGGGACUCUCUGUAAGUUCACAGUCCGCCAGAAAUGUUUUCCCGGAAGGUGAUAUGACAUUUGAUGUUGUUCAAGUGGAUCCCACUUUACAGUGGGUCGCUUGUUAUAGUGAGAGCGCAGGACGUAUUUACGUAUACGACCUAAUGGGUGAUGCUGUUUGUCAGGUCGUGAAGGGCUGCCGUUCGGUGGAGUUUCAGUGGCACGUGGCAACGAUAGGGGGAAAGCGCAUGCUUCUUCUUGUUAUCCAUCGAAUUCUUCGACAUUCCGUGGAAAUGUAUUCUCUUCGCCUCGGGAGGCGUGUGGCUGCUCGGUAUGUUCCUUCAGGGUCCAUUUUGCUUCGUUCGGGCUCAUCGGUGCUGAUCCCGCGGGUUCUGAUGCUCGUUCCCGAUGGUGUGGUGACGGCGAUAGAGGUGAAACUGGACCGGGCUCACGGUGCUCUGCCCUCCAGCUCGAGUUGCAUUUCAGGUGUCACGCUGGGCCGUGGUCGCUCCGAUACGGUCGUUACCGGUAUUGACGUACAUGGCGGUGUGACGUGUGUGCGAGGAGGGUUUCCAACACCGUAUGAUGUGUUGGUUGCCGCACUUAGCCUUCCGCUUCCCAACCCUGUGACGGAGGGUGACUCAUUUGACGUAUAUUGUCUUCGAAUCAGCAAGUUGGAGGACGUCAUUAAGAGACAAUUUUCUCCUGGAGUGUUUGACGAUUGUUGUCUUCCAGUGGGUGCAGGUACAGAAGAGGCAGAUAUUCCACCGGACGUAUCGGCUGCACAGUGCCUAAACUACGUUCAACUUCGCUUGGUUUGCGUAGCCAGUUACCGUCGGGCACUGUUUAAUGGUGUAAAUACCAAAACAACCCAAACUUCCCUGAAGGAGUUCGCAAUGCGCAGCGCUGCCGGGCCGGUUUUUACCGCGCAAGGGGAACUCCACCCAAUUUUAAAAGGAAUGGUGGGCGAUGUUACGGCUGUCCUUCUGGCAAAAAAAGAUGAGACCUGCUUCAGUCACGUCGCAAGCAUAAUUCCUUCUCUUGAAAAGUUGCUGAUGAGGCGCAGCACUGCCUCAGUACCAGAGGGCGAUCCUACUGGGCCGGUAGUGCCCAUGUCCUUGGGAGAUUUUCUAAAGUUGUUUUAUUGUGGUGGCCACAAGCUAGCGUUUCUGCGAGAAUCAGUGGGAUAUGCGAAUGGUUGUGUCGAUUCCUUUGAUGAGUGGGCAGAAAUUGGGUCCGUUUUCUUUGGUGGUGGUGUUGGUUGUUUUCCGCAACAAGUGGACGUGUUCAACUCUCUUGGAUUUCGAACGGUUGAUGUGGUGAUGAUGGCAUUAUGUUGGUUGUGUCGAUCUUUUGCACGCACCUUGUCGCCGUCUUGUUUGGGUACAGUUGCGGAGCUCCUCUUCUUUUUGAGGAAUUCGGGAGAGGAGGCGUUCCUUACUGGAGUGGAGGCUAUUCCAUGCUUGAUAGGGAGAAAACAUCUUGAAAGAAGACGGUCCGAAGCCCACGUAUCACUUCUCACUCUUCUUGUAUUGCUUCGGCAGCGCGAGAAGCCGUUUGGUUCUGCUUACCGUGCCAGGUAUGAGCUUUCAUUGAAGCGUCUUUUAGGCUUGCAUUUGAUGAUAAUUCGAUAUGAGACUCCCCUAGAGGAUGGUGAUGGGUGGGACUCCCAAACUACGGAAGCUCCCUUGUAUUUGAGUUUGUGCGAUUUACUCCCGCAGGAAGGUGGGGAUGCGUUAAAUAUUCUCCUCCUAAGGCAAUUUCCUCCACCUCUGACCCUAAAACUGUGUAGUGAGAUGCCAGGGAGUAACGUUGUCAAGGAGGCAUUAGCAGGCGUGGAUCACUUACAUUGGGUGAAACAGCUUUUUAUGAUGAAUGCGGCACCUCCACCCUGGGCUGUGGACGCCCCAUGGUACCGCGAGGGGACGUGGGAUCACGUUGUAUUUUUAUCAGAAGUGAUUCAGCCUACUAUUAAGUUCUUUAAGCUUGUCACACAGGGCACACUGCCAACGCUCGUUUGGGUUUCCGCUGCCUCCUCCAAGCAGUUAGCCGGUCUCAGCGUAUUACUCGUUGUGGGGCUGGCGGUGCUUGAGCGGGAGUUGACUCCUCUCCGUUGUGAGCGACUUGCAUUCCUCACAGACGGCAUGCUUCCGGACUCAAACCUGUUUGAGGGAAAUGAAACCGAGUUCAGUGAUUACUCGCGCCAUCCUCUGGGAAGUCGGUCUACUCGGGACUACUUCAACAGUUGCCGUGAAUUUUUGCACCUGAAUAUCCAAAUGGUGAGGCAAUUACUAGGAGGUGAUGACUAUAUCCACGGCAAAAAAGUAGCUGAUUCGGUGGUUGAAUUUCUUUCGGUUGAUGACGGGGCAAUUUUCCCACUGGUACCAGUAGAGCUCCGUCGAUUGCUUUAUUUCUUUACGGUGCACAUUUGCGGUAACCUUAGGGGGUUACUGCAGCGUUUAAGGGAGGCCUGUUGUUUCAUGGACACAGUUGCGUUCUUUGCCUUUAAAACGGCAGGAUCCCUGUGCUUACCCUCUCUCCAACUCCCUGCAAUAUCGUGGGUCACGAUGUUUGAGGAUCGAUCGACGGUGUUGUGUUUUCUGAAGGGGACAUGCGCCGAUAACCAGGAAGGGAAGUCUUUGCCAACUAUGGUAGAGAGGAUGAAGGCGCGAAGUGAGCUCGUGAGGAUGAUAACAUUUGCGGACGUGCUCGACACUCGAUCUGCUCUCAGUAACAGUUUCGUUGAGGACCUUUCUGAGGCGCUCGGACUAAACCACGUGGCAGCCGACUUCCACCUCUUAGUGCUGCUUGAUGUUUGCUCAAGGCUUCUCCUUCCAAGCGAAGAGGUGUGUCGAUUUCUGAAUAACGUGGCCAGUCGUCACUUGGCUGCACUAAUUGCGGUUUUCAAUUGUAAGCUGCUCAUUAAAUGUUGCUUUGGGUAUUAUGCGGACGCGAAGAAAACUAUUCCAAGUUGUAAUCGUCAGGAGAAGCAGCGACUCGCUCUAAAGGUUCAAGGUCUUGACGAUGCAAUGUCCGAGGACUUUCGCUGCUGGGUACACUCGAACGAACUUGAGGGGGACGAGGCUAUCGGUUCUUCAGAAACGGUUGACUCCAAUAGCAAUUCGCAGCUUGAGUACAGGCUGUUUUGGGGUUCAGCGUGGUGUGAAGUGCAUUACGCUGGUGUUGUGAAGUGCAAAGUGAUGUCGCGCCUGGACCAAUCACAGGAUUCAGAGAAGUUGCGAGAUUUUCAUCGACUUCUCUUUGUACUGGCCCGAACUGCUGCUGAAGGAGCAUCGACGCUACCAUUGGGCUUGCGUCGUAUCGCAUGUGAACUUCCCUCUGUUGCGGCAAGGGUCACGGCGUUGAUAUGA